CACACACACACACACACACUCAGUCACUCAGCCAGAAAUAGGCUGACUGCUACAUCCUGAAUUAGAAAUGGCUGCCACCGGAGUUCUCCCCUUUAUCAGGGGAGUAGACUUGAGUGGAAACGAUUUUAAAGGGGGCUACUUUCCAGAACAUGUAAAAUCCAUGACCAGCCUCCGAUGGCUCAAACUCAACAGAACUGGGCUUUGUUAUCUUCCAGAAGAGCUGUCCUCGCUCCAGAAACUGGAGCAUUUGUCAGUGAGUCACAACAGUCUUACGACGCUACAUGGAGAGCUGUCAAGCCUUCCAAACCUGAGGGCAGUUGUAGCCAGAGCGAAUAACCUUAAGAACUCUGGAGUUCCAGAUGAUAUCUUUCAGUUGGAUGACCUCUCAGUAUUGGAUCUGAGCUUCAACCAACUAUCUGAAAUUCCAAGGGACUUGGAGAAUUCCAGAAAUAUGCUGGUCCUUAACCUCAGCCAUAACAGCAUUGAUAACAUACCAAAUCAGCUGUUCAUUAACUUAACUGAUCUGCUGUACCUGGACCUGAGUGACAAUAAGCUGGAUAGCCUGCCCCCACAGAUGAGACGCCUGGUCCACUUGCAGACCCUGAUUCUCAACAAUAAUCCCCUCAUGCAUGCACAGUUAAGGCAGUUACCUGCUAUGGUAGCUCUUCAAACCCUGCAUUUAAGGAACACACAGCGAACUCAAAGCAACAUGCCAACAAGUCUCGAAGGGCUCACUAAUUUAGCAGAUGUGGAUCUGUCCUGCAAUGAUCUUACUCGGGUGCCAGAAUGCCUGUAUUCUUUGGCCAGUUUAAAGCGCCUUAAUCUGAGUAGCAACCAGAUAUCAGAGCUGUCACUGUGUAUAGACCAGUGGACCCAGCUGGAGACUCUAAAUCUUUCUAGGAAUCAGCUCACGUCCUUGCCAUCUGCUAUUUGCAAGCUGUCCAAACUAAAGAAGCUGUAUUUGAACUCGAACAAACUUGACUUUGAUGGCGUGCCAUCUGGUGUUGGGAAGCUGUCCAACUUGGUGGAGUUCAUGGCAGCCAACAAUAAUCUGGAGCUGAUUCCAGAGGGGCUCUGCAGGUGUGGGAAAUUGAAGAAGCUGGUGUUGAAUAAAAAUCGUCUGGUUACUUUACCAGAGGCCAUCCAUUUCCUCUCUGAUUUACAAGUUUUAGAUGUUAGAGAGAAUCCAAACCUGGUUAUGCCCCCCAAGCCUGUGGACAGAGCAGCCGAGUGGUACAACAUAGACUUCUCCCUGCAGAACCAACUGCGAUUAGCAGGAGCGUCACCAGCCACCGUGGCUGCAGCUGGUGGAGGCAACAGUCCAAGGGAUCCAAUGGCCAGAAAGAUGAGGUUAAGGCGAAGGAAGGAUUCGGCACAGGAUGACCAGGCUAAACAAGUUCUGAAAGGCAUGUCUGAUGUGGCCCAGGAAAAGAACAAGUCCAUUGAGGAGAAUGGAGAUUUGAAAUACUCUGAUCUGAAGUCCAAGCGAUGGGACAAGAACCUCGAGAAGCCUCCGCUUGACUAUUCUGAGAUUUUUACAGAAGAUGUGGGACACAUUCCUGGUGUCAGUGUGUGGCAGAUAGAGAACUUUUUGCCUGUGCAAGUGGAUGAGACUUUCCAUGGGAAGUUCUACGAGGCAGACUGUUACAUCAUCCUAAAGACUUUUCUAGAUGACAAUGGGGCCUUGAACUGGCACAUCUUUUACUGGAUUGGUCAGGAAGCUACCUUGGAUAAGAAGGCAGGCUCUGCUAUCCACGCUGUUAAUCUUCGCAAUUACCUGGGUGCUGAGUGCAGGACUAUCAGAGAGGAAAUGGGAGAUGAAAGUGAAGAAUUUAGUGCAGUGUUUGACAAUGAAAUCUCCUACAUUGAAGGUGGAACUGCAAGUGGAUUCUACACUGUGGAAGAUUCACAAUACUGUACCAGGCUUUACCGUGUUUAUGGGAAGAAGAACAUCAGAUUGGAGUCUGUACCUCUGAAGGCAUCCUCCCUCGAUCCACGAUUUGUGUUCUUGCUGGAUACUGGACUUGAUAUCUAUGUGUGGAGGGGAGCCAAUGCCACUCUCAGUGGCACUACAAAAGCCAGGCUGUUUGCAGAGAAGAUAAACAAGAAUGAGAGGAAGGGCAAAGCAGAGAUUACUACACUGAUGCAAAAUCAGGAACCACCUGAAUUUUGGGAAGUUCUUGGGGGACAACCUGAGGAAAUUAAGAAACAUGUUCCAGAUGACUUUUCUCCAGUUCGACCUAAACUCUACAAGGUUGGACUGGGGCUGGGAUAUCUUGAACUGCCACAGAUUAACUACAAGCUUUCAGUUGAACACAAGGAGAAGCUUAAACUGGAUGUGCUUCCAGAGCUCAGACUGCUCCAAAGCCUUCUGGACACUAAAGGUGUGUACAUACUGGACUGCUGGUCUGAGGUCUUUAUUUGGAUUGGACGCAAGUCCCCUCGCCUUGUAAGAGCAGCUGCCCUGAAAUUGGGCCAGGAGCUGUGCGGGAUGCUCCAUCGACCAAAGCACGCUGUGGUCAUCCGUAACCUGGAGGGCACAGAAUGCCAGGUCUUCAAAUCCAAGUUCAAGAAUUGGGAUGAUGUGUUGAGGGUGGACUACACCAGGAAUGCUGAGAGUGUGAAGCAGGCAGAUGGCUUAUCUGGGAAGGUGAAGAAGGACGCUGAGCAGAAGGACCAGAUGAAGGCUGACCUGACUGCUCUGUUUCUGCCCAGGCAGCCAUCCAUGCCCCUGUCUGAGGCUGAGCAGAUGAUGGAGGAAUGGAAUGAGGAUCUGGAUGGAAUGGAGGGAUUUGUCUUGGAGGGGAAGAAAUUUGCUCGACUGCCAGAGGAAGAGUUUGGACACUUUCACACACAGGACUGCUAUGUGUUCCUUUGCCGGUACUGGGUGCCAGUGGAGUAUGAGGAUGACAAAGAGAAGGGUAAGGCUGAGGAAGCCGAGGAUGAGGACAAGCAGCCAGAAGAGGACUUCCAGUGUGUGGUUUACUUCUGGCAAGGUCGCGAGGCCUCCAACAUGGGGUGGCUUACAUUCACGUUCAGCUUGCAGAAGAAGUUCGAGAGCCUGUUUCCUGGCAAACUGGAGGUUGUAAGGAUGACCCAGCAGCAGGAGAACCUCAAGUUUUUGUCACACUUCAAGAGGAAGUUCAUUAUCCACAAAGGGAAGAGGAAGCUUAAAGUGGACAAUGUGCAGCCUAGUCUGUAUCAUAUCAGAACAAACGGCAGUGCCCUCUGCACCAGAACCAUUCAGAUAACUACAGAUUCCAGUAACCUUAACUCUGAGUUCUGCUUCAUACUGAAGGUACCGUUCGAGAGUACAGACAAUCAGGGUAUCGUGUAUACUUGGGUUGGAAGAGCUGCAGACCCAGAUGAAGCUAAACUGGCAGAGGAUAUCAUGAAUUCUAUGUUUGAUGAUACCUACAGCAAGCAGGUAAUAAAUGAGGGAGAGGAACCAGAAAACUUCUUCUGGGUUGGCAUCGGCUCACAGAAACAGUAUGAUGAAGAUGCAGAGUACAUGAAAUACGCCAGGCUUUUCAGGUGCUCCAAUGAAAAGGGCUACUUUUCAGUAUCUGAGAAAUGUUCUGACUUCUGCCAGGAUGAUUUGGCUGAUGAUGACAUCAUGCUCCUAGACAAUGGAAAAGAAGUGUACAUGUGGGUUGGCACUCAGACAAGUCAAGUGGAGAUCAAACUGAGUCUGAAGGCUUGUCAGGUCUACAUUCAGCACAUGAGGUCCAAGGAUGCAGAACACCCAAGGAAGCUGCGCCUGGUGCGCAAAGGCAACGAACCUCACUGCUUUACUCGCUGUUUCCACGCCUGGAGCACCUUCAGGACGGCGCCUGCAUAGACUAUUCAGAUUCAGAGCGUAUAUUCAAUAGAGCAUCACUACCCAGAUACUCUACAAUAUCCUUGAGAAGCCGUCUAUUCCUUAUGUGCACUGCAGUUAUAGUAACACUUUCUUUGAAAAACUAAAACUCGUAUAUAUUUAAAUGUUAAAUGUUCCAGCAAUUGUUAAAUUUUAUAUUUAUGUGUAAGGCUGAAAGAAGAGGAAGACCUUCUCGAAAUUACACUGAACCUAGGUAAGAGUUACCUCGUAAAAUAGACGUUGCUGUAUUCUUUGAGGGAUGAUAGUAAAUGAAACAUAUCUGAGGGAGAGUGUUACGCGGGUUUGCUGAAUUUUAAUCACAUGACAGGGUGUGUGUACUACACAGCAGGGUUCAGGCGUUAGCUUUUUAUUUUACAGCCAACAUGAAUUGAACUCUUGAGCAGGUUUGUUCAGAUGAAGAGGAUGCUGCAUUAUGUUGAACCCAAAGUUAGUUAGUUAAACCCUUAAUCCAGUUUAACUGUGUCUUGUGAGAUUCUCAGAUGUUCUCAAUUUGAUGCUGUGUUCCAUUGGAAGUCGGAUGUUGGAAAUGUCCAAAUUCCAAGUAGGAAAUUUUUACUGGAUUAUCUAAAUGCCUCUGGAAUUUGGAUUUCCUACUUGGAAAAUUGGGGAUGGUUUACCAACUCUUUGAGUUCAGAACAGCUAAACAGCUUAUUAACAAUAGUAAAAUUAGUAUUAUUAUACAGUUUACUACCAGAGCACUGUCCAAUUCCUAUCUACAGACAUAGUUCCACUCUCUUUGGAUUUUUUUUCAAAUGCUGUUUAAUGCGUUUAAUUGCACAGUGCUAACAGUAAUAACCUGAGACAUAAAAUGCCAUAUAACUGUGGGAAUUGUUACCAUAAAACACAAGUAAUUUUAGCUAACUGUUCUUUGCCAAUGUUUUGAAAUGGUGUAAAAAUAUCAAAUUGUUCCAACCUCUGACUUCUGAUGUAAAUGCAGUAUGGUUUAGCAUAUCUCUUUGUGUUUGUUUUUUAAUGUCAUUGAAAUGCAGAAACCAAGAAGAUUUUGCACACUUUCAUACUUCCACAUUUAUUACUGUUUGAUCUUGUUUUAUAUCAUGGUUUGAAUUUAUUUGGCAUUUAACAUUCAACUCUGCACGUCUACAGACAAAGCAGAGACAUGAUUACUGCCUAUCAUGUCUACCAGUUAAAAGCACAAGCUGAGCUUGGUCUCAUCAAAUACUAAUACAUAAACAUAUAGAUGUGUGUAUAUGUACAGUUCUGUGCAGACGUUUUAGGCACCCAAGCACGUUAUUUAAAUGGAUUUAUUUGGGCAGUAAGAAAGUAAUUAAUGUAAAAGCUCUAGGUCCUAUUACGUUUUGAAUGAAUGAUAUUUACUGAUGAAUGUUUGGCAACAAAAUUAUGUAAAAAUGGUGAAAGGGCACUUUGGAUGAAUCUGUAAAAAAGGCCAAAUAAUUGAUGACAAUUAAUUAAUUAAUUUAAAGUCAUGGCAUGCUGUGUUAGUACAUCUGUGUUCAUUUUGUUUUUGAAAAGACAAGACAAAAAUUAAUUUAGGUUGUUUAACUAAUGCAAUAGUGAAGAGUGUCAAACUUAAUGAAAAUGUGUGAAAAAAAAAAUAAUUUGGUGCAUCUUGUAUAACAUAAUAUUCUAAUAUUAGUGUUUUACUGAGUCAAAUAAACCAUUACUGCCCAUAUACAUAAUUUUUUCCAUUCUAAGUUUACCACAGGUGCUUAAAGCUUUUGUACGUGACUGUGUAUAUAUAAUUAACUUCAGAAAUAGCUGGUGCCAUAAACAGCACACUGCAUGUUUUUACUCUGAUUAUUUUUAAAUGCAUGCACGCGCUGUUUCCAAUCUAUCUGUCUCCUCAAUCUGCUGCUUAAAGCUUCACUGUUGGGAAAGUGAGCGGCACUUCACACCUAACCUGGGAUGUUUUAGGAGAAAUACUGCGUCAUAUCAUAAUUAGUUGUGUGUUAUUUUUGUUCUAUUACUGUACGCUGUUCCUAAACUGCCCAGCACACGUAGUGUUGCAAAUAUAAUAAUAUUUUGAGGAAUGUGCCUAAAGUGGGUGUGUAGUGGCAGUAGAUGCUGUAGACCCUCAUGGCUAAGCAGCCCUGAUUCUUUUUAUGGAUCACUUGAAGUUUAUGAAUGUUGAUAGGGAAAUACAUUACACAACAUAAAGGAUUUUCUUUUAUCAUGUUUCAAAUCUCCUGCCAUCAUCACAAAGGGACUGGGAGAGGCACAUGCAUAUAUUUACCCUAUUUUUGUUAUUUCUAGCAGUUUUUCCAUGUCACCGCAGCUUGUUUGUCUUCAUAAAGAUGUUUGUAUGUGUACAAAUAUUUUCUGCCUCUAAACCCACCUACAGAUGCUCUAUUUAUGUAUUUUGUAUGAAAAUAAAAGUUUCUUCACA